GAAGUAGUAGUAGCAGCAGUGUCACUAGUGAGUCACAAGCAGGCUUUGGUUUCGGGCUCGGCUUCAGGACGUCAUUCCAUGGGGCGCGGUGCCGUCUUUAAAACUUCUGCUCAACUCAGCAGUACAAACGCUGCUCGUGUCAUUCGGCUGUUCUCUGUCGUUUAAUUUAAACUCUUUAAAAUAAUGUCGAGAGGACUAUUCACCAUUAUUGGGGUUACAGCUGGGGCUGCUGGUGCAGUUGUGUUGGCUCCACUGGCUCUCACUGCAGCUGGAUUCACCUCCGCCGGUAUCGCAGCAAGUUCUCUGGGGGCCAGCCUGAUGUCAUCAGCAGCCGUAGCCAAUGGGGGUGGUGUGGCUGCUGGAAGUUUGGUCGCUGCCCUCCAGUCAGCAGGUGCUGCUGGGUUGUCUGCAGCUGCUACAGCAGGUGUGGCAUCUGUGGGUGGAGCCACCGGUGCAGUAUUAGGUGGAGCUGUUCAUUUUUUGAAAAGGUUGAGAAAAUAAGGAAUUUACUGGAGUCCAAUGAGCAUCUGUUGACAAAUGAAGACAAAGUCUGCACACUCAACUGUUAUAAAAGGAGUUUGUCAGCACCUUGAUGUCAUGAUAAAAUUUGCACAUCCUAUAAGGAUCACAAGUGUUUAAAUAUAAAAGCAAUGUAUAUUUUGUCUGUCAUGAAUGUUUAAAACAAGUCAUUGUUUGAGGUUCUUUUAUAUAGUGAUAAUGUGACUCAUAUUGAAGUUAAAUAAAAAUUUAAAUCUUAAAUGUUGAUCCCCCCCUUGCUUUAGUCCUUUCAAAAAUGGACAUACACUGACAUCAAAUACGGUAAAUUAAUGUGACCCUAAUGCACGGUGGUGCAGUCUGUUGUUUAUCUGAUCAGCCUCCUGGAUCUCAUGAUUUCCACAUGAUUUUUAUGUAUUAUGGCAGUCUGGUUGGGAUUGUUACUUUUGAAAUGUAUUCCACUACAGAGUACAGAAUAAGUGGUAAAAAAAACGGAUGGAGGUUUUGACAUGUUAGACUUUUUUUGUGUUAAUAAUACAUUCAAUUUGAAUUUGUUUAAACAAUGCAUUCAUUCACCAGCCUCUAUCUGGCGCUUCAUCCCACAUAAUGUUUUUUUAAAUGGUGGGAGAGCUUAAGAUCUUGUUAACUUGUAACUUUUCCCCUUCUAAGCUCCCUAUAAAACUUUCCAAAUUCCAUGAACAGUCUCUCUUGGAAUGGAAACUUUGUUUUGUCCACAAUUUCUCCUCUCACAAGGUGAAGUUAUGGAAUAAUGAAAUGAUUAUAGCAAAGAACAAGUCAAUAUUCCUUAUGAACUGGCAUGAGAAAGGAAUAGAUUAUCUUUGCAACAUGUUUUAUCCAGAAGGGAAUGUUUACUCUUAUUAUGAUUUCAUGUCUAAACUCAUCUUUCCUGUUGUCCAGGAAAUUCUCGAAGUGAUAAAAGCAGUACCUAGUGGUCUGUUUCAUUUGGAGAGACUGUAAAGACUGAACAAAAAUUUAUAUUAGAAGAUAAGAACAUUUAUGACCCAAAAUGUAGUAAUAAAAUUCUAAGAAAUGUUUUUCUCUCAAGGAAACGAAUUAAAAAAAAAAAAAGGGGGAAAAGUUUUUUUAUAUUUUGGAAUUCACUAAUAGAGAUUAUUAAUUGGAAAAAAUCAUGGCUCUUACCAUAUACAUUUUGUAUCCCCAACAAAGUUAGAGAAAUACACCUAAAAUAUAUCCAGCUAACGAUAUCACAUGUAAAUUUGGUAAUAAGGAUUUGAAUUGUAAAUUUUGUAAAAACAAUCGAGUCAAUUGAGCAUCUUUUCUUUAAAUGUCCCCUUAUCCAAGAAUUUUGGUUUGAUCUAUCCAAAUUCUUUACCUCAAAAACUGAAUCAGUUAUUGCCUUAACAUUGUGCAAUAUAAUUUUUUUUUUCUCAUUGUAAUUAUAGAAUAUAUAGGGAA